AUGGCGAUGGCAAGUUCGACAUCGACAAGACGCUUUGCGCCUUUGAACAAAGGCAAAGGUCAUGACGCCAUUGACGGCAGCAUGGUGCUCAAGGGCAUUGUUUUCGAUGUCGAUGGAACUCUUUGCGAGCCACAAAACUACAUGUUCACAGAGAUGAGAAGCAAGCUCGGGAUAACCAAGGGAGAAGACAUUCUGGACCAUGUGUACAGCCUUUCGGGAGACGAGCAGAAAGAAGCCCACAAUAUUAUUGAGGAUGUCGAGCGCGAGGCUAUGGCAAAACAAAUACCACAAGCUGGGCUUGUUACUCUUAUGGAACAUCUCGAUUCCCGGGAUAUACUAAAGGGCAUUUGUACGAGAAACUUCGACGCCCCAGUCGCGCACCUGUUGAGCAAUCACCUGCCAGGCCAUAUCGAUGCUUUUGCGCCUAUUAUCACGAGGGACUUCCGUCCUCCAAAGCCAUCACCCGCCGGUAUAUUGCAUAUCGCAAAGCAAUGGGGCGUUGUCAGCGAAGCGGAUGUAUCAGACGACGGUCGACCCAUAUCGAAACGACCCCUUCCUUUGAUUAUGGUUGGCGAUUCGAUUGACGAUAUCAUCGCGGGCCACGACGCUGGGGCCGCCACCGUGUUACUUAGGAGUGAAGGUAAAGAAGAGCUUGAGAAGGACCCCAGAACCGAUCUGGUCAUCAGCCGAUUGGACGAACUAAUUGAUAUCCUGGAAGAAGGCUUCCAGAGCAGGCAGCGAUGA